AUGUCUCCGCCACCGCUGCUGCUGCUGCUACCGUUGCUGACCAUGGAGCCCGCUGGGGCCACGUUGAUCCGGAUCCCACUUCGUAAAGUCUACACUGGACUCAGGGCCCUGAACCCACUGAGGGGAUGGGAUAAGCCAGCAGAGCCCCCCAGGUUGGGGGCUCCAUCCCCUGGGGACAAGGACUUCUUUGUGCCUCUCUCCAACUACAUGAACGUGAGUCACAGCCCCACACAGCCCCCCGUCGCCGUCCCCAACCUUCCUGCCCUUAGUCAAGCUCUUCAUCCAGGACCUCUCCUAUUUUGCCAUCAGGUCCAGUAUUACGGGGAAAUUGGGCUGGGAACGCCCCCCAAAAAUUUCUCUGUCGUCUUCGACACUGGUUCCUCCAAUCUCUGGGUCCCCUCCGUGAGAUGCCACUUCUCCAGUCUGCCCUGCUGGCUCCAUCACCGCUUCAACCCCAAAGCCUCCAGCUCCUUCCGGCCCAAUGGGACCAAGUUUGCCAUUCAAUACGGAACUGGCCGCCUAGAAGGCAUCCUGAGUGAGGACAAGCUGACUAUUGGGGGAAUCACAGGUGCAUCGGUGAUUUUUGGGGAGGCUCUGUGGGAGCCCAGCCUGGUCUUCACAUUUGCCCACUUCGAUGGGAUAUUGGGCCUCGGUUUUCCCGCUCUGGCUGUGGGAGGAGUUCUGCCCCCGCUGGAUAAACUGGUGGACCAGGGGCUUCUGGAUAAGCCUGUCUUCUCCUUCUACCUCAACAGGGACCCUGAGGCAGCUGAUGGCGGAGAGCUCGUCCUGGGUGGCUCGGACCCAGCACACUACAUCCCACCCCUCACCUUUGUGUCAGUCACGAUCCCUGCCUACUGGCAGAUUCACAUGGAGCGUGUGGAGGUUGGCACAGGGCUGACUCUUUGUGCCCGGGGCUGUGCUGCCAUUCUGGACACAGGCACGUCUCUCAUCACGGGACCCACUGAGGAGAUCCGGGCCCUGCAGGCAGCCACUGGGGGAGUCCCCCUGCUAAUGGGGGAGUACCUCAUCCAAUGCUCGAAAAUCCCAACGCUCCCUCCAGUCUCCUUCCUCCUUGGAGGGGUCUGGUUUAACCUCACGGCCCAGGACUACGUCAUCCAGAUAUCUCGGGGUGGCGUCCGUCUCUGCUUGUCUGGCUUCCAGGCUCUGGACAUGCCUCCGCCCGCAGGGCCUCUCUGGAUCCUCGGCGAUGUCUUCUUGGGCAGCUACGUGGCCGUCUUCGACCGUGGCGACAGGAAAAGCGGGGCGCGAGUGGGGCUUGGGCGCGCUCGAGCUCGUGGAGCAGGACAGUGA